CAGUGUAGCGUGCAGUUGAUGUGCAAAGCUUGGAGUUUUCUCAUUGAACUUUGUGUGCUUUUACAUAUAAGGGCAUCAAUGUGACUUUUUCCGCUAAUUUUCAUCAAGAAAAAAAGUGACGGACUUUAUUUUUGUCGGAUCUAUCGAUACAGGUAGGAAUGAUUGCUUUGUAAGGCGAUCUGGAACGCCAAACCUUCAAACAUGGCAAGGUGUAUAAACUUGGGCACGCCGUCGUUCGAUGAACUUUGUGGUAUAUUUUGCUUAUUUAUCCUUGCGUUGCUUAGACUUAAAACGAUGAUCAUUUGUCAAGGAAUAUUUAUAUUUCAUUUUAUGGACAUGCAAGGGAACGAAAUGUAUUUAUUUAAGGGUUUUGAUCUCUUCGAGUUAAGGUUACUUCUUAUUUAGCCACGUAAAUGGCGGCAAGAGUAGGUUUGUCGCGGGAAAAGGAUAAGCAUAGAAAUAACAGUUUUCUUUUUCUUUAUUCAGCCUACUAAUUUGUUAUUUAUCGUAGUUGAAACAUAUGUGAUCGAUUUUACAGCUGUUAAGAUAUAACAGCAACCUCUAUUGAUCAUAGAUUUUGUUAUUGUAAUUUUAAUGUUGGCAGUACUACCUGUAGCGGUUCUUGUAGUUGUGCAAUUUUUAUAGCACACGCAGAAGCGAUUUUGCGAAAUUUAUGCUUUGUUAGCAAGUGUUACAAAGUCAAGCAAGAUAUUAUGAGAAUUAAACAUACAUAAGCCUUUUGUUUUUGUGUGGAUGUUUGAGUGGGGUUUUGAACGUCAGACAUGAUUUUGAAUACUUCCAUAGCUAGCUAGGCCAUACUGUAGUUUCGAAGAUGUGGGCAGGCGGACAUCAUGACCCUUCUGCAAAUGCCCAGCAAUGGUGGCCAAUGUCUUACAACUACCAGUAUCAAAAUCCACAAGCAGGUAAGCAUUGAGAUCUUUUGCUUUUCAGUAAGAGGCAUACUAGAAAUAUGCAUCUUGCAACCCCUCAGGAAACUCAGUUGCGCACAAGUUAAGCCCUACCAGUUGCAGUUAAAAACUGGUUUGGGCGACCAUCCUCGAAGAUCCUUUCGUGGGGACUGCCACUCCCAGAAUACCUUGCAGUACCAGUUUCCAGCAUGGAAACUAAAUGUAUCUCCCUAAAUAAAACAAAGGGACAAAUCAAAAGCAAAACAAGGGAAUGAAAUUUAUCUUUAUAGUUUCAUUGUGCUAUGUUAGAGAGCAAUAAUUAUUUUUCAUUAGCACUGAAUUCUCAUACUAAUACAAGGUUUUUGUUAAAAAUUGCUACAGUGAGUCCUGGGAGUCAACUAGUGAAAAUAAAAACAGACAAACAAACAAAAAUGAGCACCAAUACUGAAAAUAGUAGUAGAACUUUUCAUUCCAAUCAUUGUCAGAAGCAGUGUCAGAACUGUACUUGAAGCUCUGCUAUGAAUACUGUCACCCAUGGGAACUGUCACUCAAACAGAAUAUUGGUAAUCAGUAAAUCAUGCUUAAUUGUGUGCUUUGAAUUACUGGUAUUUCAUGGUUUGGGGGGAUUUUUAUACAUCAAUAAUUCAGAGAUAAACAAUCAUUGCCCUUAUUAAAUAAUGUGGAAAGUAAGGUCAUAAUUUGGCGUCAGGUAAAAGCUUGUUUAUUCCACCUACAUACAUUCUACAUGUAUUCUUUUAAUUCCGAUCCCUGGUAAAGGGGCAAGUCUUAAUGAGGGAAUUCUGCAAUUACUCCUAAAGGACACAAAUGUAAUAAUAUGAUAAUCUGGAAGACAGAUCAGUUUUAAAGGUGAUUUGAUUGCCGCUAGUCCAUACUCCUAGGCAACAGAACACAGUAUACUGCAGUGCUGGGAGAGUCAACUUUUACUCUUGUUUUCUGUCAGUGUAUUGAGUGUGAAAUGUCAGUGUGUGUCUGUGACGUGCUUGUAUUCAUUGUAACAAUGUGUUUUUGUCUUUCUUUGAGUGUAAAAACUCUGAGGUUAAGAUGUACAGUAAGUGCUCAAAAGAUUAAGGGAGAAAGGUGUACUCAGAUUAAAGUUGCAUUCAAUUUCAAAAUAAACUAGAAAUAAAAAACCAUGCACAAGUGUAGGCUGUCAUGUAUCAAUUCGGGGUAAAAAGUAAUAACAUCCUAAAUAAUGUUUUCUUACCAUGUGAGGUAACUUUGUCAAAAUAAUGUUUUGUGUUAUAAAAGAGGUAAUAGUAUUGAGAGGUGUUAAGGUGAAAGCUUUUUUAACAUUUAGACCCAAGCCAAGACUGGGCAGCCAAAGCCGCAUUAUGGGCUCAGCAGAGAAUGGCACAAGAGCAGAUGGCACAGUACUACCAACAACAGCCUCAACCACCAGUGAACCACUCUCAGAUGUAUCAGCAACCUGUAUACAGUGGCUACCAGCCAGAUACCCAAGCGAACAUAGGACAACCACCCCCUGCUAAUGUCAACAAUCAACAGUUUCAACCAGAGGUUCAAGCACCACCAAUGCCGCCAGUGGAAGAAGGCGAACCACCAGUCCCAGGAUGGCAAGGUGAAGAGGGUAAUCAUAUGGCUGAUAACAUCGAAACAGUAGCCAUGGAUGAUGAAGUAGAGGAAAGAAAUGGAGCUGAGACUCGAGAGGUUACAGACCAUGCUCACGUUGAGCAGUCUCAAGAAAGAGAAAAACAGAUCACGGUCACUCAAGAUUACAAUCACCAACCUCCACCAGCCCUACAAGGAAUGCAAACAUUUGACCAUAAUCAUGGGUUUAACCGGCCUCCUCCACAGCAGCAGUUCAGCCAUGUAGCAGCUCAGCCCAUUGAUUACGGUCAUGGUCAUCAAACCCUCGAUUACGGACACCAAGGUCCUCUUGUUCCAGGGGCACAAGUUUAUGAUUAUCAUCCUCAGUAUGAUAGUCAUUAUUAUCAUCAGCAUCCUUACGAAAUGGAACGUCAUCAUCACAGGUUUGCACAUGAACAUGGUAAACCCAAAGGCCAUCCUCCUGUUGAAUCAAUUCCUGAUAUAAGUGGACUGAGUGGUAAGUACAUUGGCCACUGUUUUCACAAGCUUUAGGGUUCCAUAGUAAUGCACUGUUCAUUUGUUCUUGAGCAAAGAUAGGCUUGAAAAUUAUAGAGCAAUUACAGUGGAAUGGUGGAUUUCACCGCAAGUUAUUUUGUUUAGUGGUGUCUUUUUUCAUGGAAAUUCAGAAGCGAGAAAUGUGUAGAACUUGCACCAGACCAUUGCCAAUAAAAAUUAUACUCAAAUACCUGGUGAUGUGGACUGUGCUUUUUUUUAGAGAAUCACACUGUAAGUAUUUUACAGGUAUGUCAACAAAGUGCAAAGUGCAUUCCAAAUUAGUUGUUAAAGAGUUUUAAGCUGCUGUUUUACUCAACUUAAAUUCUGGUCAUUUUUUUUCAGAUGUGAAGAAAAAAGCUCUUCCUAUGUGGAUAAGAGAAGGUCUUGAAAAGUUGGAAAAGCAGAAACAGAAACAGAAAAAACAAGAUCAGCCGGAUGAAGAAGAACCAAAGAAAUCAAGCCUGAAUUUGUCUGGGUCAGCUUCUACCAUAGCGGGUUAUGAUCAUGGUAAAGUUGAUUCUCCAGUGCAUUCACCAAAAAGCAAUGAUUCUGAUGAGGUAAAUGACGAUAAAGCAUUGUGGUUGAGUUUUAUAAAAAUGGGAAACUAUUUGAAUACCAUGGAUGUACAGUGUAGAUGCAUGUACCGUCGGUUGCAUCUAAGCGUGUACACGUGAGGAAAAAACAUGUUCUAAUUGGGAGCAAACAGGCAUGUUUUGCCGCCAAACAUUCGAAGUUUGGAGUACGCGGCUGUUGUCGACUUGAUUCGUUUUCGCUCAAUGAAAUAUUCUUUGCAAGAAUUUUUAGACGUUAAGAAUAAUUUCUGGAGGCAAGUGUGCUGUUUCUGAGCGAGAAAUAUGCCUGAAAGUUAAGAAAAAUGAGAUAUGAGCGGAAUGCGUUGAUCAAAAACGUAUAAACAAUGUAGCUUUGGUGCGACAGUUUGCUUUAAGGGCUGUCAAACUUCAAAUGUUUGGUGGCAAAACACGUCAUGUCUGGCACCUUAUUUAGAUGCAACCGAUGGUAUUUACAUUGUAUAUGCACACAUGUGACCAUACUUGUACAUAGGAUUUAAGUCCCAAGAGUGACCAACAUCAAUUUUCUCCUAACAAUAUCGACACAUCAUCAAAAAAAAUGGUUAUGAGAAUUAACAAAAUGAUCAACAAAGGAGAAAUGCGUUGAUCUCUAUAAGGCAAUGUAUGGACAUCUAAAUUGUGGAGAAUUUGUAUUUGGAUAUUGGGGCUUAAGGGUUAAUGCACUAAUUAGGGCUUUAUCAUUAAAUGGGAUUCAACAAAUUAAGAUGAAAUCCAUCAGGAAAUUGAGUAAUUUUAAUUUCCAGUGGACAAAAAUUUUGUACCAGAAUAUUUCAAGCCAUAUUGCAUCCUUUUUUGCACUUUUCAAGGGCUGUAGAUGUAAUUAUUAGUUAUCUGUAAUAACACCAAAGACAAUUUCUUAUGAGAGCCCAAGAAAAUAAAUUCAAAUUUCCAGGAAUUGAAAAAACACAGGUAAAAAUAAUUAUCAAGCAUAAGAUUUCAUUUUGUGAAAUUUGAAGCUUUUGAAGUUAAGCUAAGUUUGUUUUGUCGGGCUCUUUUCUUUGGAGUUAUUUCAUAUAACUUUUUAUAGCCCUCGCAAAGUGUAAACAAUAUUUCUGGACCCAGUUGUUCGAAGAACGAUUAACGCUUAACCAAAGGUUAAAUUUAACCUGGGUUUCUUUUUCUUGUGCUUACAAGAAUUUUCUCGGAUAAUUUUCUCUGUUAUUUUUAAACCUUUCAAUAAUCAACUUGUAGACAAAAAGAAUUAAACCUGAAAUGAUUUUUAAGCUUUCAUAUCUGAAUUCAAAUCUCGAACUAACUCUAGGUUAUCUUAACCCAGCUUUGAACAACUCGGCCCUGGUAAUUAUUCUGGUACAAGGUUUUGGCCACUAAAAAUUAAAAUUACUCAAUUUUCGAAUGGAUUCAGUCUUAAUGUUUUGUUGAUAGGUCAUAAAAAUUGAACUUAGUUGUGUUAAACACAAUUGAUUCUUAAAGUAUUUUUUUCUUAAUUGAAAAUUUGCAAGUGGAAACACUUCAUGUAGGAGGGGAAAAAAUCAUGAGGCUGCAAAUAAAUAUUUUUGAAAUCUUUUAAAGGCUUCUAUUGGAUAAAUACCUUCAGUGAAUUAGUAGAAUUAAAAGUUUCUGCAUGUCAAUAGAAACAAAAUUGAAAUAAAACAUUGUAGUUGUAAGGUAUGUUUAGUCAAGGGAUGGAUUGAUGUUAAAGUAAACCGAACAAAAAUUGUACUCAAAUUGACAGACCUGAAGUGUGUUUCCGUUAUUUUUUGGUUUCUGUACCUACAUUACAAGAUUUUCUGCACAGUCCGAAAGCGUACAGUACAGAUGCAAAACUAAAGCAUUUUGAAGUUUAUUUUUCAAAGUACUUUUAUCUGUUAACUAAAAACCACCUUUACUUGUUACUAAAGGAGGUUAAUGAGGAGAAAAAAGGGGCACACCAGUCGUCAGGAGAGGAAGAUGAAAAGGAGGCUCCAAGAAAAAGCUCUUCUGUUAAAGCACGUCACUCUAGGAAAGCAUCCCCACCACACAAGAAGGCAGAAUCAUCAGAUGAAGAAGAAAAUGAGAAGACUGAGGAGGAAAAGCAGCAAGAACUUGUAAGUUUUUUAAGAGCGCACUCACAUGUAGACGUAUUGUAUUGAUCAUUAAGUAAUUGUAACCAGUGAAUGAAACUUACAUUUGAGGAUUACCAUAAAUGACCUACAUGUCUAUUAAAUGCAUGGGGCAUCUAAAGAAUGUUAGGAGUCCAAGGGGGGGCAUUAGGAGGCAAGAACUCACUCAGCUACAUUGUAUAUUUUUUUGAUAUUAUUACAGUUAACUCUCUGAGAGGGACACCUUUAGAACUGCCACUAAGUGUCUAUCUUAGAAAGAUGUUCAUCGUACAUGUAUGGUGAGCCAACUAAUAACGAAAGGCAGGGACAAACCCUAGUUACAUGUACAUAUCUGUUUAGCGAGGUGUCCAUUUGGAGCGAUUUAACAGUAAAUCCCACACAGCACUUUAUUUUUAAGCACUAUACUGUGGGGUACAAUGUGAACGGUUUUCAGAAGGUACUUCAUUGUUUGUUUAGAUAAAACUGUAUCAGUGCCAAAUUUAUAUAAACAAAAAGACUCGUUGCACGUAACUGUUGAAACUGCACAACACUCUUCUUAUCAGAUGACUUUACUAUGUGUAGCUUUGCCUGAGUGUAAAAUGCAGCAAAACUUAAAAGGUCAAUAAAUUUUUCUAUUCCAAACUAACAUGAGUGGAAAUUGUGAUGAAAACUGUUCUCUCGAGAAAUCUCCUGGAGCUCAUGGCUAACCAGAAUAGUUUUCAUGAGUACAAUAUAACAUGUACAUACACUGUACAUGUAUACAUAGAAAGUUCAAAUGGGGUUUUCUUAGGGCUUGCAUAAGUAGAGCUGUGUACUUACAAGUCAUGUACAGCUAGCUAUACAAGAGUGACCUUUUAGAGUACCUUGACUGAACUUAUUAUUGUUAUUCACACAAUUUCAGAGCUCUGAACACUUCAGACAUAAACUUAAAUGCAUUCAGUGUCUGGCACAUGUCUAUUGAACGGCGCUUUUUUGUUUUGUGGCCCAACAGACAAUCUACGAAAAAUAUACUUUUUUCAAUUCAUACGAAUUUGAGGUGGGGUGAGAGGCCACUUGUUUUGAUAACAUUACAGGGUAAGUGAAGAGUGCCAGUCUCAGUCAGCCCAAAAAAUGCGUCAGUUUAUGUGUCCAGGGAAACGUUUUUUGUUUUGAUUGUGCAAUCUGUUGUAAUCUUUACUCACCAUUAAGAGCAAAUGGAGAUGCUUUGUCCCUGCCCACAAAAGCCUAACAUGCAAUUACAAAAAUAAUGACAAUAUCAAUAUUUAAAAUGGGGCAGUUUUGCAUUAUAAUUAGCCGUCUUUCUCUGGACUCUUGGAGUGUUAAGUGUCUAACAUAUUAUUAAUAGCUGUUUUUUUAUGGUUUUCAGAUGGUGAAUAUCCGCAAACUGCUGACGGAAGUUCUCUUAACGGUAACUAAUGAAGAGUUGAAAAAAAUUGCUCAGGAGACUUAUAAUGAAGCGCUGCGAGGUACAUAUCCUGUCAUGCUUAGUGGUGUUCUUUACCAAGUGCUUCUGGUUGGCCAUCAGUAACGUGACUAUUUUCUGUUGUGUUGAAUGAUGUUGUAGGUCCUGCACGGCAGUUGCAGCAUUCUGGAGGUUUAGAUGCUCUUCGAGGAAAAGGAGGUUAUUUAGGUAUGUUCUGUACCUAUUUAUGCAUUUCACUAAGGGUGACAAAAAUAUUGUUGUUUAGGAGAAAUGUAGGUCUUACCAUGUAAAAGUAACAAGGGUGUUUGAUUUGAAUAGUCACACAAGAGAUAACUUUCCACUGACUAGCUUGACGUUUUAUUAAAGCUACAUGAGCAUGUACUUGAUGUUGUUUGGUUUGUCAUGUGAGUACAAAAAUAGGAAGGACAUGUAACAGUAAAUUGAUAAAGCAUUUACUUGUAUAAUUAAAUGUAAAUGAAUAAGAAAGUACAAACAACUAGAACAAGUAAGGCUGUAUAAACAGUAGAACUACAUCUUCUGUCUACUUGGUUGCAUUAAAAGGGGAAGUGUCAUGGAUAAGUACUAUACAUGUAAAUGAAAUAAAAAAGACUGGAACCAUUGACAAGGCAGCCAUGUUGGUGGUCAAUACAGUACAUUUUUUUGUCUUAGAAUCUGCAAGAUAGAGUCAAGCUCCCAGUGGAGAGAAACUCUUUUCUGUUUUUAUCCCCAACAUGGUCUUAGUGGUGACACGUUCAAACCUGCAAUACAGCAGUAUGAUUUUAGUACAAGCACUUCCACAUAAUUUUUCUUCUUUCACCAUGUUCAAGAAUUACUGACUUUUUAAAAUAAAUAUUAAGAUUAAGGUUAAUACUUAGUGACUGUUCGUGAUGGAAAUGGCUCAUUUCCCAGGCGUAAAUUUUGCGAUUCAAGAGAAACAUAAUCAACUAGUUUCUCGAUGUUCAAUGGACCAGUCAUUGAGUGAUCUGUUACAUGUAUACUGCAGUGAUCUGUUAGCCCACAAAGUUGAAUCUGAGGCUGCCAAACAACAAUUCUAGCCAAUUGUAAGAGUGGGGGGUUUGAACCAGGGAUUACCAGCACUGACCACUCAGUUGUGCUAGGAGAUACUCGGAUAUGUUGCUAAUAAUAAUUAUCUUGCCUUUUCGAGUAGCCUGUGACGUCUGAGCAUUAUUUUGCCUACAGGUUGGAGAGCUUGCCAUACAAAAAAUAAUGUACAAUAGAGAGUGAAAUCUCGAUAAAUUGAACCCCAUACAGCGAACAUCCCAGUAGAACAUUCAUGGCAUAGUUGUUGUGAAAUGUAUGGAACAGACCCAUAAGCUAAAAAUUUUCGAAAUUUUCUUGCAGUUCUCCACUCGGAAAAAUUCUGGAUACACGCGUCCAAUAUUGUUUGUGGGGUGACGGGAGGGGAUGGACCUGUGUGCAAAACGCCCCAGAAACGCGAAAGUGUCCCAAGACUUUUGUCCAUGAUUGUCUGAAAAGGAGGUGGGAAGAAAAAAGGCAUUUUUUUUAUGAUUCCCUAAAAAUUUUUAUUAACAAAAUAUUACAGAACUAAAUUUCUUACUCGCUCUGAAACUGAAAUUUUAUUUUUAAAAAAAUAAUUAUACGAAAUGAAUGUUUCAUGAGCGUUAAAACACAGCUGAGUCUUAGACUUGUAUGUUCGCGGGAAAAAUUAAAUAUCCUAAAGGUAUUGAUCUUAGAAACGCUAUGAAACUUAAACAAACAAGGCUUUAACACGACGGCACUUGAUAAAAAUACUUCUGCUCGUUAAUAAGUGACAAGUUUUUGUUGUUAACUUUAAGUGAGCUGGAGCAUUGUGCAUUUUAGGACUAGACUGUUAAUUGCUGCCUAUUGCCACUGGGCCCUUUAAAGCGUUUGAUGCACCUUUUCAUUGUUUUGCACAGGCUACAUUGUAUUAAUGUCAAUAAUAUUAUAUCAGAAGAGGUCGUUGUCUCUCAUAGUGACGUACUUUUCCGAUUCAGUAGCCACAAUAAUGACCUGGUUCUAGAUUAAUUGAAAUGUGCAUUAAAUCGGGAAAUGCUUUCGCUCCUCGGCCUUCUAAACAAAUAAUACGCGCGAGGUCAUUUUAAGUCGGCCCUUGAUCUCGGGUGUUAUCCUAUUUUUUAUUUGAUUUGUAGCACUAGCAGAUGAUUUUAUAGACACUGUUUUCAACUUCUGACCGGAACCAGUUAACGAAAAUCCGUGAACACGGCUGGAAAGAACGCCAUAAAUUGAAAACUAACGAAGAUAUAGCACUGCGAAGUCGCGCAAUUUUACCGAUGUUAGUGUGGUGGCAAUUUCGUGCCCUUCACCAUACAAACGUUAUUGAGUCUCUAUGGCAAUAUCUUCUCUCGUUUUGGAUGUAUCGCAUUUAAAAUUGGUGAGUCUACUUAUUUUAAGGAGCUUUUUCCGGCAGUGUCUAUGGACAUUCGCUUACUGCUCUUUAUCAAAAUUUGAAAAAAAAAACCGUGGAAGGGUCUAUUCUUGCCGUGUGUCGCACAGUCUUUAUUCAAAUGACAAAGCAUGUUGUAAACUACGAGCAUUCUCCCUUUUUUUCUUAGUCCGUUGAGCGAAACUCAUGAAAUACUAAAAUGACCACGCGCGUGAAUGGAGGCCACCCUUGUUUCUCGCCCUCGCGUGCGUCACUCCCCUCACUAAAUCUGAAGAAAAAGAGAGAAUGCUCGCAGUCUAAAGGUAAUGUUACACGAGACGAUUCGCAACGACGACUUUUAGCGCAACACAUUGUUGCGACAUUGUUUCGAGUGGUUACAAGACUGUUCCAACAUUGCAACGCUGUGUUGCGCUAAAAAUCGUCUUUGCGAAUCGUCCCGUGUAACAUCACCUUAAUGAUGUUGAAAUUUUCUUCCAGGACUAGGCGGGUAUGGUUCAGAUACUGGGAGUGAAUCUGAUCAAGAAUCAGCUGGCGAAAGAUCAUCUGCUUAUUACGAGGACAGAAAACAUCCAAGUGCAGACAUAGAAGAGAAGCAGGAAAUACGAAGAAGUCGUUCCCGCAGUUUUUCCAGAAGAGUCAGUCAGAAACACGAAGCGGGUUCUGAAAGUGAAGAAGAGGAUGAAUCGAAACGUUUAAAACACCAUGAUUCUGGCAGUAAGCACGUGAAGAAGGAUAAACGAAAUCGAAGUCCUUCGUCCUCUGUCAGCGAGAGCUCAAGUUCCGUUUCAGCUCAUCAUAAAAGUCGGCGGAAGAAGCAUCAUCGAAGAGAAAGAAGCGACAGCUCAUCACCAAAGCACCGGCGGAGACAUCGUCGACACCACGGAAAAAAGAGCCGAUCUCGAAGUAGAUCGCCGCGGAAACACAGUAGCAAGAAGAAAUGGAAGAGUGAGAGCGAAUCGGAGAGCGACACCGAGAGUAGAACUUCGAGAAAACAUAAAUCAUCAAGACAUAGUCGGGAGUAUUCUGAUAAGAAGCAUCGUCGAAAACGAAGAUCUUCCAGUUCAUCAUCGCAUAGUGAACGGGAGGGUAAGAAGGACAGAAAACGUAAGGCCUGAACAUCCCGUGGAUUAUCAAGGUGGAUUGUAGUUUAUUUUUGAAUUGUAUUACGAUCUGUUGUAUAUAUUUUUUGUGAAUACAUCAUAAAAUAAAAUGACCAUCAAUAAGCUGUCGGUCUCUGUGAAGAUUCAGGUUCACACAGUAAGACGCGCGCUUUUAAUUGUCCAUGUUACACCCAUCUUACCUCAAAUCCAAGCAAGAGUAUUGACAGACCGACUAACUGACUGAUCCAGAAAAAAUUUAGUUUCAUUAACUAGUUUAUUUGGCAAUUUAAAGAGAUUUAAGGCGACGUUUGGUGCGCAAUUCCUUUAGCAGUGCGUCACAAAACAACUGAUUUAUCAACCCACCAACUGUUCAACUGUCUGAUUGACAUACUAGUCGAUAACAGAGGCUUAUUGUUCAUCUGAUUAUAAUACCUCAGCUAGACAUGACAUUCAUCGUCAUUACCGGUACCCCUUCAGAGCACCGUUCCUCGCCGUCCACUCCAGCAGUCCUUGCACUAGAGGCAUUGGAGGUUACAAAUUGUGUUUUGGUAUAACGAUGCUGAUUUUUCUUUUUUUGUAUUUUGUUGCAGGUUAAACUGGGGAAAAAGUAAUGAUGUUUGUCAUGAGUAUACCGGGGUUCUGUUCCUGUUGCCUCUUAUAGAAAAGAAGUAAUUAUUUGGUGAGGUGUUUUUGCUUCCCGAACCGAAAACGUUAACUGACUCAGUAUCAGCAUUAAAGCUGACUCGGAUUAAUUGUUUCGUACAUUGUACAUUUUAGAAAUUUUAUUAAAAUUUUUAUUGACACAGUUUUGUUGUUCUUAUGUUUGAGUAAGUUUUUGAGUCAUUCUCUUAACCCUAGGCCAAGCGUGGAACUUUUCAUGAGACGAACCAAACUUAGUGAGUUCAGUUCAUGAAAAGGUCGACGUCUGGCUCAGUCAAGUUCGUUUGAAUGAGUUUGGAUCGUUCAACACGUUCUAUCCGUCUGUUUCAGACGGAUAGAACGUCUGAAGAUCGUCUCUGGGACAAACGUCGAUCUUCACAGGCGACGAACUAAACUAAGUAAUUAACAAUUAGUAUGAUGAUGUAUAUGUUAGACUCGUUCGGGGGAUAAUUGAUCUGAUUCACUUGAUUAGUUCGACGCGACCUAAGUUCGACGUCUGCAGACCCACGAUCUUUAUUUAGGUCGACCCAAAUUAGAGUUUGGCUCAUGAAAAGUUCAACGUUUGGCCUAGUUAGUGUCCAAAAAUGGAAUAAACAACGUGCAGUAGUUAUCACUUUGGGCGUUAGGGAUCAUCGCAGUCAUAUACUUGAGCAGUCACAUGCGAGAAGAAAGACAGGAAAACGGUACUUUAAUCCUAACCUAUGUCGGUGUAGUGUUCAAACCACCGAGGUUAGCUUGCAAGCAAAAUCUCCAUUUCGUGGAGUCCAGAGAAGUCACAAGUGGGCGGCUCGCCAGCCUGGCAUGCCAUACGUAGCUCGCAGGCUUCACCGAGGAGCUGGUCACUUUUUCAGUUCGUUGUAUAACCGUAGAAAGUGAGUGUAUGAUAUUUUAUAUGAGCUGCGGGAGAAAAACAUAACACGUGAAAGAUGGUGAUGUCGCAUUUUGUUACGCAGUUGCGCUGUUUUAGGGGUUUCAUUCAUUUGUGACUAGGCUUACUAGCUAGCAAGUAAUCAGAGCAACAUUAUAACUGGACAAAAUCCCCUUAAUUUGAUCUUAACCGGUUUCAGAUAACUCGGAAACAAUCUUAAAGCGCUUUCCAUUUGUCGGAACCGGUCGGCCGGACCAGCCAGUUUGAAUUAAAAUCGGCUUUUUGUAAGAGUUUUUUGCUGAAAAACCAUCUUUUUUCUUGCAUACUAUUCAGGGCUCGAUAGUUUUGAUUAAAAGUGAAAUUCUCGUUGCGACGGGAAGGUCUGCCCGGUCAGUUCUGACAAAUGGAAAGCGCUCUUAACCUGCGAUUCAUUCAUUAAAAUAAGGCUCUAUUGCGUGGAUUUGCUGUGCAUUUGCGUGUUUGUGGCCGGAAUUGAUACUCCAAAACUAUCCUCGCAGACCCAGGGGCAGUCAGUCGGGCCGGGAGAAAAGGCGCGACGAAAGUUUACAAGCACCGGUGCCAGAUUUUGCAUCUGGAGCAGAAGGCCGCGAAGUGUGCGACCUUUGAACAGCUUUGUGGUAAGUUUCAGCUCUUUAUAGCACGAUAUUGGCCAGAAAACCGUUCAACUUAGCUUCCAAACGCGUUUUUUGGCAAAGUCUCGAGGGGCGAACGGGGUCUAGGAAAAAGUCAAACUUAGUUUCCAGUCCUUUACCGUAAGUGCGGAAAGUGUGUGUUCUGAUAGCCCGCGUACCUAGCAGGCGCGCGCCCCCUUCUUUCCUACGCCCACUACUUCCAAACGCUUUCUACGCAGGCUGGUGUUCUUAUCAACGGUUUGACGUGAAUUCAUCUGGUGUUGAGAUCAUCAUCUCUGAGUGUUGUCCGUUUCACAUCAAACGUAAAUCUUCUAUUAAGACCGCGUCGUCAAAGUGGAUUCCGAAGUAAAAAGCAACAGCUUUGGGUAGAUUGACAAAGGACUCCUUUUUUGGGAAUGGUUUAGCAUUCAACCUCGCUUAAGAGGAAAAAACGCUGAGCUAUACUAUUCCGUUACUGAUAUAUCCAGAGGGACUUCCUCCUGGCCAUGGCUCCUGAUCGCUGAAGAAUAGCCUGCAAGGAAAUAGGGGCCGAAAUAUAAUUCUUCCGCCACGUGGCCUCCACAACUGCCUCUUCCGUUUUCUGUUUCUAACUGGUGUCCGAAAAAGCGAGCCUCGUCUCCGGGGCGUUUAACCUUAAGAAUGGGAGGGCAUAGUGAAUUGUGUCGAUGGCGGAUUGACAAAAGUCUAAAGCAUAUACAGUGAGCAUAUGACGGUUGUUGUACGGUCGCACUCUACCAUAAGCCUGUAACUUGUGACAGCUCCUUUUAAGGGAUCUCAAACUUUUCAAUCGCCCCCAUAAAAAUUAUAAGACCUAGUUCUCGAUGAAUAUUGAAACAUUCACUAUAUUUAGAGACUCAAAGAUCCAACGGCGACGGCAACGAGAACCUGUCAAAAAAAAAAAAUGUGUAUCACACUUUUUUGUUCGUUUCUUAGCCUGCGAAAACAUCCGUUUCUCCGCGCUCUUCGCCGCUGGGACGUUUCGCGCAAAACGUCCCCAGCGGCGAAGAGCGUGGAGAAACGGAUGUUUUCACAGGCUAUUCAUUUCUUUGCCCUUUUUGCACGACUACGACGUGAAAAUGCCUAAUAUCGCGAUUUAUGGAGAACGUUCAACUCCAGGAGAGUUCGCCAACAUUUGACAAAGAAGGUGGGUAGGAAUAAUCGCGAUGAAGACCAGACUGAAAGACAAGGAGUCAGACCGUGAAAGCCCUAUGAAGUAAGGGGAAAUUUACUCAACGCUGAUUGGUCGAGUUAGAUCUAAUUUUUCGACGAGCAUCCCAGAGUCCACCGUGGAACGGAUUACCCAGGAUUACCCUUCAGCUCCCUUGACCAAGAGAGGCUUGCCUUCUUUGCUCGUUCCUCAGACUUCAUUUCGCGGGGGUCGUGGGGAAGCCAGUGGUGUCGUCGCGAAAUACCCUGUGGGGAUGAAGCUGGGGAAUUUUACCGACACUGACAAACUUUGGUAGCCCGCGGGCAAGCUCUCCAAUUAUGGAAGAACGAGCGAGUCUCCCUCUCAUCUCCUAUCGCGCCCGGCUCUGGCGUGACUUCUCGCGACUGCCCUAACCUGCGAGGAUCUCAGGCUACGACUUCCCUAACUGGAGAGCUUGCUUGCAUGCUGAUACCGACUCUGAUCCUGUGAUACUUUGUUAGCCAUGGCUACUAAUCGCCUAAGGAAAAAUAAUUUUUCCACCAUACAUCCUGUACAGCUGCCUUAUCAGUUAGCCUGCUUUCCGGACAUGUUUAAUAUUCAUCCCCACCCCUCCCCAGUGCUUUCUCCCAUUCGCGAAUGUCAAUAAUCACAACCCAGGCCAGUCUUUCUUUAAAUAAAGACUAAAAAAGAGUAUUUUAAUCACUCAAAAUUUUGUUUCUUCUUUUGCAUUUAUACCCGUUUGUUAGAGGAAAAAGUGUCACAAGUUUUUCUACCUACCAACCCAGCCACCCCAUAGUCAGAUUUGUAGAACGCGGAUUGAUGGUCUCUAAUAGUUACUGAUAAUCCAUUAACCCUAUUGCAAUGCAGUUGCUACAGGAGUCGGUUUAGCUGUGUUUAGGGACUUUGUAAUUUCUUCAUAUGUAGACAGGAUGUCUUUGCGAACUCUACCUAUUUUAUUCCUUAACCUUGGAGGAGAAAUGCUUUAUAUUUUGGACCAGCGAUUGAGAGCGCAGUCGAUUCCUGAUGAGAAAGCUCGGAAAGGUAAGCAAGAAAAGUUCUCCCGGCGGCCUCAAAAAUGAGCUCUAUUAAAUAUGGCGUCCACCAAGAUUAUUUCCAUGGCGAGCGUAUUAACAAAUAAAUAUACGUUUUCUGUAGACAUUAGGAGGAAAAUAAGAAAGAUAAGGUAACAUUGUUGUUUAGAGAAUUUCGCUGCGUGUGUUUAGGUUAAUAUUCAAGAUUGUGUUCGACUGAAGCGAGUUUGUAUUUUGGUUUUUCGUGUUAGGCUACACUUCGUAGCCGGGCUCUUGGAAAUUAAAACUAGCCUACUGCAAAGUGCUUUUCUUAUUUGCUCAGCUGCCACAUGUUUCUUAGAAUGGCUACCUGCGUGUUGAUCUAUUUUCUUCUCUUUGUUGCUCAGGUUAAUCACAUUUCUGAAUGCUUUAAAUUUUAAAAGUGUUGUUGUCUUAAUCAUACCUUUUGUUGCGCCAAAGUUCCGUCAUAGGAAAGCUAGCGUUGUAGAAUUUCUGUUCAUCAUGACCAAGAUUAAAUACUGGAGGGUAUAAGCUUAAUGAAACUCAAACUGUAUUUAAGCUUAAACAUACGUGAAAUUUUAGUUUGUGAGCUUAAAAAAUCCUCAAGAGAAGAAGACUGCCAAAUGUCUAGCUUAUUUUAAACGACUUUUUACUGGAAUGUUUAACAGGAAAACAAGCGAUUGAAAAAUUGUUAUUUCUGUCUCGAACUGUUACAAAAAGCGUUUUAGAAUAAAUUUUUCGUAAUUUUUUCCUUGUGUAAAAACUUUCUAUGUAAAGGUUUAGUUCAAGCAGUAUCAUUUAGAAUUUUCUUAUUGACUGACAGCUGGAGAAGCUAAAAUUAGAAAAAAGAAGUUCUCUGAAAUUUUUAUCAGGGUUUGUGGCACAUUUCCAUGCAAAUUUGUCAAAGUAUUUACAAUACCCAGGUUUUUGGUCCUUUCUUAUGGAAAUUUUAAUUUUUUGAAAUUAAGUAAAAGGCGGCACCGAGUUUUAUGGAAUAAUAUUUGAGAUUUCUUUUUCUCUUUUGGCACUUGAGAUAAAUCAAUGACAAUCAGUCAAAUCAAUUUGCAUAAAAUUUGUCUGAAACUUAAAAGACUAUUAAGACAAAUUAUUUGCAUUGUAUUAUCCUCUUUAUGACAUAACAACAAGAGUUCUUUUGUUUCUUAGAUGGCAGCUUUAUAUUUUUCAUCUGCCUUUUUUUUAACUUCAUAAUUUCAAGCUAUUGUCAUUCCAGACCACUGUUCAUUUAAAGCUAUCUUUUUUCUUGUUCCUGGCUAACUUUUUUAGUUGACAAGAUAUUUGAAAGUAUUUAAGCAAUAUUAAGAUCUCUUUUGGAUUUUUAGCCUGCCUUUAACUAAGAGUUUUCCUCCAUAUUAUAGCAAAUGAAUCUGAUCCAUGCACUCAGAUGUGUGUAAUAAUUAUUUUAUGUAAUAAUUAUUUUAGCUCUGGAUAAAACAAGGCAUGAAAUUGAAAUGUUAGAUGCCAUUGUCUGCUGUUACCCACAAUGUAUAGCUCGGAGAAUUAAGCCUUAAUAGUAAAAAUAUUUUGCACACUGGCUAUUGACAAAGGUUCUUGUUGAGAACUAAUUUCUACGGUUACAUUGUACAUACAGUUUUACUUGAGACAAGCAAAUUUGCAAGCAAAGAAGCGGUGGGUCAGAAUUUUUGCGUGUUACUGCCCUUUUCACAAACAUGUGAAUUCUGAAGUUCAAAAGCCAACUGACAAUUGCGUUUUUCCCUGCCGUCAAUCAUCUUAACGGACCUCUUAGGAAACAAAACUUUACUUUAACGGGUUCAAAAGGUCAAGGUUUGUGAGGUUUUGGAAAUCAAUUUUUCUCUCGUUUUACAUAGUGUCAUACACUGUUCAAAUUUGAUCUCGUUCAGAGUCAAUACAGAGAUUGUUAUAAUAACCUUCAACUGGCAAUUAUUUUGAGAUAUGAACCUUGGACCAUUAGUUUGUUACUUGCCAGUAGAUAACUGACUUAUCUGUAGGCUGCACACGUAGUGUAUGAGUUGCAAGAGGAAUACAUCAAACUGUGUUUCAUAGUGACAUUGCAUUUCUUGUUGUUUUCUUCAAAACUAUAUGAAAUAUUAAACGAGCACUUGAUCACUCCCACAGUGAUCGCAAAACCUCAUCCUCUCCAAUAUAGUUCUACUUUGCUAUGUUAGUAUGUCAAUGUGCUGAGCUUUAGCUGACCUUAUCAAUGUAAUGGCAAAAUGUUAUAAUAAUAAAAAAAUAAAAUAAUAAUAAUAAAAUAAUAAUAAAACACUCAUUACAACCAACUUUCUCUGAGGCAGACAAUGCUAAGACUGACUAAAGAAUGACAGGGACAAACUUAAGUACAUCCAUUUUAGGAGGUUAUCUGUUUCAAAGAGGUGUCUGUGAGAUAGAGUUGACUCACUGUAUUCAUACACAAGGAGGGGUGGCGAAUGGUAAAAUCCGAGACUCGCUGAGACGCCUAUCCUAGUUAGAAAUCCGAGCCCGGGACUCUUUGGUAAAAAGUUUCGAGACUCAAAAAAGUAAAAACAAACCAUGAAAAAACGAGACUUUGAGACUUAUCAUUAACGCUUCCGAGACUUCGAGAUCGUGACAAAAUUUUCCAAGACCCACGUUUUACGAGGUACCAUUCGCCACCCCUACAAGGCCCAGAAAUACACUAUAUAUGCUUGAAAAAAUUCAAGGAUCUUUCUUGACAGUUAUACUUGAUACAGAGAUGGGUGAAGCUAUAUACGAAUUUCCCUAGUCAUACUACUACAUGAAAAAUUUCUGCAAUUUGAUUGGCUUAGAGUAGUGGUAUUUCAGCUAAUUAAUUUGAAAUACCUACAUGUGAAAAUUACAAACCUUUUGUAGGUAGUAGUAUAAACAAAUAAUNAAGGAUCUUUCUUGACAGUUAUACUUGAUACAGAGAUGGGUGAAGCUAUAUACGAAUUUCCCUAGUCAUACUACUACAUGAAAAAUUUCUGCAAUUUGAUUGGCUUAGAGUAGUGGUAUUUCAGCUAAUUAUUUUGAAAUACCUACAUGUGAAAAUUACAAACCUUUUGUAGGUAGUAGUAUAAACAAAUAAUAGCAUGAUUUGUACGGGAUUUUUGGCGUAAAUACCACUCGUGCUAUUUCAAAAUUGUCUCAAUUUUCAAUUAGCUAUAACAAUUAAUUGAAAUAUUACUUGUGGUAUUUAUGCCAAAUAUCACUACAAAUCAUGCUAUUACCUAUACGAACUGGCCUGGGGUCGGGGCAUAUAUGACCAGAGGGGGGUACUCGGGAUUUCAAGUGACAGGGAUGAUCGAAGGUUUUUUUUGGGUUUGAAAUUUUCGAUUCCAGGAUUUUUUUAGGUAUGAAAAUUUGGCAAGUAUUUUUUGGGGUAGCUUGAUUUGAGUAGGGAUUUUUUGGGGGUAUUAAAAAGCAGUGCCCUGGCUGCGUAGUUCUGCGAAUAAAGUACAAACAAACGUGUUUUGCUGUUGUUUAAUAGGGAUCUUUUUGGGUUUUGCUGGAAGCCCUAGGGAUUUUUUGGGGUCUUGACUUUUGGCUCCAUUCGAUCAUCCCCGUCACUUGAAAUCCCGAGUACCCCCCCUGAGCAUAUAUGUUACGGGUCAAAUUUGAUUUCAGGUUAAUUUUGUUUUCUCCUAAGUUGAUUCUCAAUUUCCUUUGUCUCAUAGGGCUAGGAGACAAAAUUUGAGAAUCAACCUAGGUUAAAAAAUUUCAACUUGAAUUUAAUUUUGGCCUGUAACAUAUAAUACAUACAGUUUAAAACAAGAAUAAUACUUAUAAAUGACGACUUUUUACUCUCCUGUUCCCUUUAAGUUAUGCAUGAUAUUGUUGGCACUAUGUUCAACAAGCGUUUCAUGGAAGAGCUUUUCAAGCCACAGGACACAUAUUCCAAGAAAGCUAUGAGGACAGUGUUUGACAGACUAGCCCAUGCCUCAAUCAUGAGAUUGAACUCAGCAAGUAUGGAUAAGGUAAAACCUCGCCUCAUUUUCUGACAUUCCCUGAAAUUUCUGACAAACUGACUGUGAAAUAUACCUUGGUAUCCUGCCUUGCAUGCAGAAGCAGUUUAGAUCUUAUCAGGUUUCCAUGGUAACCAUUUUUCAGCAUUGCUUACUAGCUAUAUUGCUUAAUUAUGAUUGGAAUCCACCCUUGUUGUUUAGAAUUUGGCAUUUCACACAAUACAGUCAACUCUUGUCAUUGCAGACACUUUCUAGAGGUCCAUAGUAGUAUGGCUCCCAUAAAAGUGGGAGGUGAAAAGAAAUCACUUGACAAUUGGCUUCAGACCACUAACACAGCUGUCUCUCCUCACUCCUUGCCACUAGAGAUUUUUUGUAAGAGAAGCAUCUGCAAUUUGGCCCCCAAAAUUCCACAUAAAUGCAGUGAUUUUGUUACCUCUGCAAACUGCGUCCCUGACACAUAAAAAUUCUCAAGGAUGCAGAAUAUUUGACGGCUUGUGUCCUCUGGGACGCAUUGAUUGAUCGCGAUUGAUUGAUCGAGCUAAAGAUGUUUUUUGAAGAAUGCCCUGUUUGCACGAUUUUAUAUAUUUAUUGAAAGCUACCUCAAAACAAAAGAGUAACAUUGUCCGCUUGUUUAAUAGGUUAUGUUUAUUUACCGAUGGAGUGGUUACUCAUUAUGUUUGCCAUAAUACGGAAAGCAAGUGCCUGAACCAAAAAUAGUGGUUCAUUGUCAGCAAAGCUUUCGUCUAAGUGAUUCUGAGAUUCAAGCACUUAUUAACAUUUAUAUGAAAAUUAGAAAAUCCCACCCAAAAAUGUUCUGCAUCUAUGCCGGGACAAAAAAGAUAAAGUUAUUCCGAAGAGAGUCACUAGGCAUCUCUCCAAACGACAAAAACCCAUGAGUUGUCCUAGAGUGACAGCGUUACUGUUUUCUAUUUUUCGCUAGAAAAACUGUAAUUUGAUUUCAGUACACUGACUAUAAUGUAUUGCAGAGAUAGGUGCUUUGCUACUGAAAAUGUUCUACAGAUUAAACGUGAUAGUCUGGUUUCAUGAGAGUUGUGGCAUCUGUUAAUUAAAUAGGAAGGAAUCAUCGUUUUUUGAACUAAGGGACGUAGUGAUUCUGGACUGGGACUCAUGACUUUUCAUAAGAUGAGUCCCAGGACUCACUAUUAGCAAAUUGUAACAAAAUCACUGCUGAUGACGUAGAUUUGACCAGAAUCUGGUCCACUGGCACUGAUUGGUUGGCAUACAUGUAGUAAUAAAAUUCCUAUAGCUAUUUUUUUUUCAAAUAACAGACAAAAGACAAAAGGUGACAAAGAUAAAAUGUAAAAUUUACAUUUUAUCUUUGUUUUAUCUUUUAAUGCAAUGUAUCUUCUAUAACGGAGUCAUUGUUUGUGGAAUAUAAUCUUCUUUACAUAAAGCAUUUGAAUUUUGCUGCCACUCAUUUGCAAAAGAAGUCAGACCAGGAGAAUCACAAAUUCAAAAAAAUUUACAUCAGGAACCCCAUGACUACCUGAUUAAUUAUUUUAAAAAAGGAUUUACUGGGUAUGUCAUCAAUGUGGAAUUUUGGGGUUGGAAUUGCACUGAGGUGUCUCUACCAAGAAACACACCGAGGGGCAAGGAGGAGGAGAGACAGGUUUUUUUUUCACAGGCUACAUUAGAGGAUCAUAUAUAGUACUAUAAAUGUCAUUAGAAUUUGCUGUUAAAAGAUGUUUUAAAUAAAAUAAAUUAAAUUAUUCUUUUGUAAUUAUACUUUUCUAAGUCUCUUAAUUUAUAAGAAUUAGAUUCAUUUGUUUGCUAACAGUUUGUGUGUGUGUUUGUUUUUUUUUAUUGGCAGCUCUAUGAUUUAAUGACCAUGGCUUUUAAAUACCAGGUAAACAUUCAGCCCGCUAAUGCAGAAAAUAUGUAAAAGUUUGAGUAAAGAGCAGCCAAAACAACUUGGAGAAUUGCUUUCCAUGAUUUAGUUUACAUAGCAUGUUUCUUGAAUAUGAUUCUGGGUACGUGUUUUUAUUAUCUCUAACCUUUAGAAGUACCUAAUAAAUGUAAUAAGCAUGAGAUAUUUUGGCCGCCUAGUAGAAAAGAAAAUCUGUUUGAACACCAUGUAUUAUUCGAUCAUUUUACUAAAGGUUAGUUAAUUUGGAUUACAGUGAAACCCCGCCUUAUGGUCACCUCGGUUAUACGGUCACCUCAAUAUUACGGUCACAUUUUUUCUGCCCAACUGCAAAAUGGCCGUACAUGAAAAAAAACUCUCAUCAAUACAGGCACCUAUUAAUAUGGCCAAUGGCCCCAUUUUAAAGUCCCAAGCAUUAGAAUCUUUUAUAAUUUCACCCCGUUAAUAUGGUCACUCUUUCCAAAUUUAGAAAAUUAAAAUGCUUGUGACGUGUCAGUUUCAUGAAGACCUCGUAAGCUGAGCUCAGCGUGCAAAGAAAGCACUGUCUGAUAGCCCAGGGCUACUGGAUUUUUUUAUCGGGCAAGUGAAUUCUGCUUUUAACUUGUCCUACGGGCAAGUGAUGUUUUUUGAGAAAUUCGAGUAACAGAAAAACUGUGCAAUCAAUUCUGCUCAUCAAAAAGCUUUUGGGGCUAGUUGAAAUGACGUCUGGGCUAGUUAAUGCUUGCUUUGCCCGAAUGGCAAGCUGUAAAAUGAUUUUCUUUGCACCCUGGCUGAGCCUGAUCUUUCUAUGAUCCUGUACUUUUUUUAGACUACAGUACACUUCAAAUGCAUUUGUGGCAGUUUAAUAGGUGAUUUUCAAAAGCGUUUAAUGUACUGAUGGAAAGUUCAACAGGUGCAAAUGCAAAGUAUGGUGUCUUCGUUAUUACGACCCUCAAGAUAUAAAAUUUGACCCUACGUGGUAAUGCAGCCACCCCGUUAAUACGGCCAAUUUUUUUUUUACCCAUUGUUGACUGUAUUAAUGGGGUUCCACUGUAAUACAUUGCCUCCAAAAACAAUCCCUCAUCUUUUCUAUUAGGAUUUUGGGACCACUGGAAUACUGGAAUUCUUAACGGAAUAUAACUAGCCAUUGUUGGAGGAUACAUGUAUCUGUGAAAAUGCCAUCCAGUUGAGAGUUUCUAGUGUUUAUUUCUAUCCGUUAAUUCUUAUUCCGGAAUAUAAUCAGCAGGAAUAAGCUUUACUUGAAUAACCUUGUGAUUCAUCAUUUUAAAUUGUUUGUAGUUGUUCAUGGUACGUGUUGAUAAAGAGCUUACAUUUUGCCUUCUGUAUGGUUAUAUAAUAAUAUUGUUAUUGUUACUAUUCUUAUUUUGUUAGGUGUCAUUGUGCCUCAGACCAUCUGAUGUUCUUUUAGUCACAUACAAUCACAUGGAUGCCAUUAGAGGCUUUGCUUGUGAUAAUCCAGCUAUCAGCAGUCAAGUGGAAAAUGUCUACAAACUUUUGUAUGAGGUAAAUGUUUACUUAACAAUGUUUUUGGCACCUGAGGAAACAGGCUUUGUAAGCAAACAUACCCUAUGGCUUUGUCUGGAAAUGGAGCUGGCUUAAUGUAUGAUCCUAAUAAGUGGCUACUUGCGGAAUUCUAACAGAUGUUUGCACAGCUAAUACUGCUUAAUGGGAAUGUGUAAGCAGGGGUGUUGCUAAGAGCUGGCUGCCGGCUAAUUUCAGUGGCUGAAAAAGACUACCUUACCUGACUGGCUCAGAUCAGUCUGAAAAACAAAUGAAGAGAUGGGAUAAUUUUGAAUGUGAAGUUGCAUAAAAAGCCUGCUUGACUAUUAAAAGAAAAAAACCUGCAUACUAGUUUUUCCUCAGGUGCAUCCCUGGUAGAGUUUAAAUUUUGUCAAAUGGUAAUAAUAUGUGCAUACUCAUUCUAGAAUUUUAAAACAUUUUCGACAUAUUUCUCAGUGCACUUAUACUACAUGUAGUAGUAUCUAUUUAGAAAACACAAGCAAGAAAAAAUUAAUGCUACAAACCGACAUUUUGGAGUCAUCAUGACACCGGUAUCAACUUCAUUAUGAUUGGAAUAAACUAUGAGAUUAUGAAAUUAGAUUUAUUCUAAUCUUUUUUAACUUGAUAAUUAUGGUGUCGUGAGGACUCCGAAGCAUAGUUAUUAAUAAGUUGGGUUUAUUACCUUGACUAGACAUAUGCCGGUUUGACUGCAGGCCAGUUUCAAAUCAUCCGUCAGACUCUUCUUUCAUUUUUCCAAGACAUGCACAUUAGGGUAAGUGCACUUUGUUNAUUUAUUCUAAUCUUUUUUAACUUGAUAAUUAUGGUGUCGUGAGGACUCCGAAGCAUAGUUAUUAAUAAGUUGGGUUUAUUACCUUGACUAGACAUAUGCCGGUUUGACUGCAGGCCAGUUUCAAAUCAUCCGUCAGACUCUUCUUUCAUUUUUCCAAGACAUGCACAUUAGGGUAAGUGCACUUUGUUUCCAGUUAGUGAAAGUCAUCUUAUUGUGUACCAACUUUAGUUGACAUUUGAUUGUUGACAGUACAUUAUUGAGGUCUACAGACCACUCCCUGAUUUUAUGGGAUGAAUAUUAAGAAUGUUUGCCAUUUUAUUGGUUGUGCACACUUACCCUGUUUCCAUGCAAGCUAUUAAAUUGCUUCAUUUUCACGCCAAAAACAUGUGAUAUGCACAUGUUCUUCACUGCCUCUCCAAACCAUGCAAUAUAGCAAACAAAAGUGGAAUCUCAACUGCACUCUAUUAAUUUGUUAUUACUACUAGUUAGUAGGAGUAAGUAUGGCAUUUGAAGCACGAAGCUAAUGAGGGCUCACUUCAUCUCCGUAAUUCCUUGAAAAUCCCUCAUUCAGUGCUUCAGAUUUGAUGUUGGACUAUUUCUAGUUUAAUAAGUGACUUGAGUCUUCAAGUUAAUGUCUUCAGUAAUGGCUGGUAUUCGUUCCCUAAGUGUCAUAUUCUUACCAGUUAUUGCUUGGAGUCGUUAACAAUAUUUGAAUUUUGUUACAUAAUUGAAAAUUCCUUUAAAGAGUUCUUGAAUCAACAGAUUUGCCAUGCUUAACAGUUGUUUAAAUUAAUUAUGCAGCAAUUAUUAUGCUUAUUCACCAGCACAGCCUAUGUUUUUUUGCAAAAUUAUUUUGUUUUUUAGCCAAGUAACUUCUUUUUUUUAAAUUCUCAACAAAACGCUGCAUUUCCACAUACGUAAUCAUGAAUUAAUUUCCUAACUCAUUUUACAACUUGUUCCUUUGUGUGCCUUUGACCAUAAUGUGCUUCAAUUAAAGUGAGACAGUAAGAUAGUGAUUUACAGCUGGUGUAUAGUUUUGCGACCAUCAGACUCUUCCAACUUACAUCCUAAUACUUUUUUCUAACCGUAUGUCUCACUCUGGUCAUGUUUCAGGUUUCUAUAUUUCUUAAAGACAAAGUUCAAAGUGCAAAUGGUAAAUUUGUACUAACAACUGACGGCGCUGUGCCAUGGGAUUCUGAAGUACCAGGGGCCAUCAGGUAAGGAAACAUAGACUUAUUAGACUAUGAGCAGUCUCCCUUUUUUCUUAGUCCGUCGAGGAAAACGCGCGAGACAUGAAAAUGACCACGCACAGGACUGAAGAUGCGUGACGAGAGAGGCGCGGCCGCACAUAGAAAAAGAAUGAAUUUUGAAAUACACAAAUAUGAUCGAUUUAGUAGCAGCUUUAAAACGUCUUAAAUUUCCAGCCUACAGUGCUGGGCAUUGUAGGCUGGGCGACAAUGUAGCUGGGCAAAUUUUUCUAUUCGCGCAUGGUUCUAACAAAGAAAGAGUCCCUGCCGUUUUCAUGCAUCUUUAUUAAAUGUCUCCAGCUGAAAAUGGACACCCUUGUUGGUUGAAACACAUAGUUUGGUUUCAGAAGUCUGAAAAUUGCAUCUUUAUGUAGUAUCUUUAAACCAUAGCUUGUACUCAAAUACUAGGACUCACUGGGUUAUUUUUACAUUAUUUCCGCCGUGAACUGCUCUAGGUAUUUUAGCGACGAUGGCCAGAUUACCAGGACAAGUCAUUUUGUAACCGGAUGUCGACAUCAGCUACCUGACAAACCAGGAUCAUUUGAGCUUUUGGGUGAUAGAGUUAUCAAACUUGGCAGUAACAUGUAAGUUAAAUUGAUUAGCACUUGCUUUCAAGUCUGCACCGCUUUCUGGCUGAAGUUUCCCAUUUUUCCUGGUUUACACCUGUUAGCUAUAAUAUCACAAAAGCGUACAACUGAUCUGUGAACUUUUUAAGUGAUCGCAGUGAACCAGUGGAAACAAGGUUUAGUUUUUGUGUGUGUGAACAAUAUCCUCGGGUACUUUGAACUAUGGCUGUGGGUGCGCACACAAGCACACCUGUUGGCCAGGCUAUUCUUGUAUAAACAAGUAUGGCCAUAGAUCGUAAAAGUUCCUUUUAAUUAUCACCAGGUACACGGCCUCAAGACCUGUAGAAACAGUACCCAGCAGCCCUGUUCCUUCAUCUACUGCCGGUGCUUCUACUGCAGCAAACAAGACUCCCGGAAGCUCUGUAUCAGUUACGUCUGAAGUGGUACGAACCAGGUACACGGCCUCAAGACCUGUAGAAACAGUACCCAGCAGCCCUGUUCCUUCAUCUACUGCCGGUGCUUCUACUGCAGCAAACAAGACUCCCGGAAGCUCUGUAUCAGUUACGUCUGAAGUGGUACGUUAACUUUGUCGCCUCCCACGUAGAUAUUCUUGGGAAUUCGCCUCGGAACGCCUGACGAAGUCCUAAGAACGUCUGCGUAGAAGGCUAACGCGGACUUUAUUUAUUUUUUAUUCUUUCAGUUCUCUUCUAGUCACAUCAGGUAUAGGUAAUCUAUGUUUGGACCAACAAAUUUCUGUGUUUACGGCUGUCCACACAGAAAUAACGUUUACGAUCGUUCGCAUUCGCCGGCGAGUGUGAGGCUGACCGAAGGAGUAAACGCAGAAGUUUUUAUGUACGAGUUUACUAUUUCAUACAAACGCGCGUGUAAGUUUUCUUAAUAAACGCACUUAGUACAAAUUCUUCUUCACUCUCGACAUUCUGAAUUAUUAGUGUAGAUGACCGCAACUGCAAAAUGCCUCCUGUUGAACUACUAAGAAGAAAAGUGGUUUAAACUUAGGCCACAAUGAUAUUUCUUUAAAUCCCUUGUUUAAUGCCUCUGUCUUCAACUUCUGUUGUGAUUUGGUGAAUUGACAACUUUUGAAAAAAAAUCUGCUGUAUAUCCAUGUGACAAUCUACUCUUCUGAACAAAUGCGAAGAAGAUACUGACAGUCAUUUCUUUUAUAGCCUGAGAAAACAGCCGAAAUUUCCCGAUUGGUUGAAGUUUGCUUCAACCAAUCAGCACGAACAACCCAAAUCUGAGUGGUGUCGCGUCGUUAGUAUGUUUUUUUUUUCCACACUUUUCUCAGACGUCAUUUCGCGGGGACGGCGUCGCGAAAUGUUGGCUGUUAUCGCAGGCUAUAUCUUUCAAGGUUUCCUGUUGUUGUUAUAGAUGUUUUGUUGUCUUUCUUGUUUGCGUUAUUAGCUGAUGUGACGUUUGCCUUGCUGUGUUUUUACAGGAAUCGUCAGAGAACCCAAACCCACUGGCCAAGGCUGAGCUGAAUCUGCUGGCUCAUCUCGUUGGUGGGGCAAAUAAAAAAACAGAAAGUAAGUUAAUCCCCAAAAUUCAAAAAAAAAUUCGCCUUUCUUGUCUCAUAAGUUUGUUACAGAAGUAGUAGGGAGAAUUUUAAAAAAAUAUCAUGAGAAUUAAUAAAAAGGACACUCAAGAACAUGCACACGCGCUAGCCUGCGAGCAGGCUCACGAGUUGGUGUUUUUCCUUGCAUUCUUUUCGUGUUACUCAAGCGGUUAACAAACCUAUAAUUCAAUACGUAACUUAUCGUGAUCCCUCAGCUGUCGCACACACACAACUUGACUCCUAGCAGCCUCUGGUCUUAGGGUAACUUGCGUUCCUGAACUGAAGGACAGCCAGCUGUCUGAUUCACAGCUGCUACGGCUGUUGAAUAAAUCCAGCCUUGGCUUAUGUCUCACGAGAAAAGUAAGGCUGCGUGCAAACGGACGCAACAUUGUUGACCAACAACUCCCAAUAUUGCUGGAUGUUACAUGUUGCGUCCGUUUGCACACCCUGUUGCAUGUUGUUGGAUGUUAUUGCUUGUUGUUGCACCAAGUUUGAAACCGGUCAAACUUUUCAGAACAACUCCCAACAUUUCUUUUGUUCCGUGAUCCCCGAAGCGUAGCGCAACAAUGUUCGAUCCGUUUGCACAGCUCUUCCAUCAUUGUUGGGGCCAUGCACGCUCAUUACGCAUGGUUUGCAAAGACUUAUGGGUUGUAUCCUUCCCACGAUGCACUGCAGGUCCCAACAUCGUUGGGAGUUGUUGCAUCCGCUUGCACACCACUGCCAACACGCACGCAACAACUCCCAACGUUGUUGGCGCAACAACGUUGGGAGUUGUUGCGUCCGUUUGCACGCCGCCUAAAUGGAAACAAAACGGCGUCAUCAUCAUUGUCGUCAUCACUUCUAAAUUCAUCAUCAUGUUCGUACAUAUUUGACGGAGAUACCUAUAGCUGUUGUCAUGUUCAUUGUUAAGCGGUUUACUCACUGUUAUUUUCUGUUCGUGUUGUAGAUCAGUUUAGAUUAAACCUUUUCAAUACAGAUGAAGAAGAAGAGUAAGUUUUUCUGUUGCUUUUAUUGAUUCAAAGCCUGCAUCUUUGGCACAUUAUUUGAGUUAACCAGAAACCCAUAAGGGGUUUUCAACCCCUUAUGAGUUUCUUAGUUAACUAAACGGAAACUUACCACGUUUUGUAAACAGUCUCAGCUCGAAGACCGUGUGGCCAGAUCCUGAGAAGUUAGGACACCAACUUAUGUCGAUCUAGGAAAAUGUUAGGCAACGACGACGGCGUUGGCAACAAAGACUUCAAAAAAGCAAAACAACUACUCUGCUGCACGUGCAUCACGGUUUUUUGGACAUUUCUUUGCCGUCACUGCACGACUACGACGUGGAGGACGUAAACAAGCGAUGACGAAGUUUUCUUUCUCUUUCUAAACUUGAGUGCGGUCCCUAAGUGAUCAACUCUAAGUAAAUUCGCAUACAUUUCACAUUUUCAGCGAAGUGGAGUAAACGCGGCAAAGUUAAAAAAAAACGCGAAUUCAUUUCAAGAGUAACGUUUUUCAUUUGCUGCCGUCGCCGUCGUCGAUGCUAAAGCUCCCUAUUACUAACAUGGUAAAGCACCCAGAACAUUCAUUUGGGAUUCCCUAAAAAAGCUGCCAUCGGUACCAUGCUUUAGUUAGUUAACGCGGAGUGUGAAAGUUUUACAUUAGAAAGAAAUUGUGGCUUUGCUUUGAUGAGAAGAAAGACAAAAUUUUUCACUCCAUCAAUGUUGUUGCGAAGGUAAAUUGGCUGCAGGGAUAAAAAACCUGAACUUUCGAGCGCUAAAACAAGAUCCCGCUGCUUUGUACCAACUUUAAAUUUGCUGUGUUUCUUGCUACAGACAAGCAGCUAACCAGGCUCGCAAAGAAGCUCCUCACCGGGUCAUCAAAAUUGAUGCCACGAAGGUAAGUGGAGAAAAGUAAGGCUGUAUUGGUAGAUUCCACUAUAGGAAGAGGAAAAGCGCCCAUACACUUAGCGUCCUCGCGUCAUCUCCUUUCUCUUUCCUUUUCAAACGCACGCCACGUUGGCUGUGCUCGCGUAAACACGCACGCAAUUCCAUUUCUACCUCUUCAAACACAUUUACACUUCACUUAGAAAUUAGAUUUUAGUGUAGUUCCUAGCAAACCGAGCAAGUUGAUAGUUUUGACAGGGUAAAAAUACAGUGGGAUGUUUUCUGGCUAAACCUCUACACGACUUAACAGUGUAGGUGCUGCAGUUAGAUGUUAUGGGAAUACGGGCAGUUUUUUCAACUUUUGACUGGAACCAGUGAGCGAAAAUCCGUUAACACGGCUGCAAAGAACGCCUUAAAAUCAGUAAAGUUGUCAAGUUUGAAAGUGAUUGAAGACAUACAACUCCGCAAAGUCGCGGAAUUUUACGGAUGGUGAGGGACAAGUUCGCGCUAACAUGCCACAAUAUAAACGCCUUUAAUAUUUCGCGUCUUUAUGGAGCAAUACCUUCUCUCUCUUUCGAUAUAUCACCUUUGAACUUUGCUAAGUUACCUUAUUUUUAAGGCCCUCUCUUCAGCAGUGUCGAUGGAUAUUCUCAUACUGCUCUGUAUCAAAAGAUGAAAAAACCGUGGACUAACGGUCUAUUCAGUUAUGCUUCGUAACGAUCAGAGACCCUUGAAGGUUCAGAUCAUAGAUUACUAACUGCCGUAGAACUGCUUUAGUGUUAAAAGUCAAGAUGACUGACAGUUGUUCUUGUUGUUUCUUUGUUCGUUCAUAGAAGACACAGAGGCAAGAGCUGGCGCAUCUAAUGAAUGAGUUUUCAAUUGAAGGAACUGGUGACCGUAAGUUCAAUAUUUGA